UUUUAAUAUUUGUUGAUAUAUGCCUGAGAACAUGGCUGCUCUUUGUGUAAAAGUAAGUACAUGUAAUACGGAGGUUGUGGUAUGUCCCAGAGAUCUUAGUCCCUUUCGAUAUUGACGCACUUCAGACCAUAACUUUCUGGAUUAUGACUCCUGAUUGUACAAAAAAUUGCUUUUGUUUUUAGCUUGUUCUCUUUCCAUCUCUUGCAAAAUGUGGGCGUAUCUUGCCUGGCAACUGCUGGUUAGACUUUUCGGCGCCUCAAUUCUUAUACGGAAUUCAGGCGCAAUGAUAGACAUUUGGACCACUGCUGCCAAACCGAUUUGAAAAUGAAAAUUAAUUUCCUUAUUAAGGCUUUUUUUUCUUUGUUUGUGUUGUGUGCUCUGUUUUGGAUGUGUAUAAUUUUUAUAUUUGUCUGUGAUAAUCAUUUGUAACAUAAUAGGAUUAUCAUAAAGGAUAUUUAACAUCUACAAUAUGAGUACGCCAAGCACUCUCUGCAUAUUGCGUUUGUAAACCACGAAAUUCUCCCUUAUUUUAACUACAGUCUAAAAGAUAACUGAUAAAUACUGACAAUGUUUCUUUAUAUUUGGAGUUGUUCAGUUUCAUGGAGUUUGUGAUGAAAAAAUGUACCGCUGUAAGGCCACAUGGGCGAUCAACUCUCCCAUAUGUUAAACAAAAAACAUUCAAAUGGUAACAUCACACAAAAAUCAAUGAUGAUUUUAAUAAAAUGUUCAUCACGUAAUGUGCGAUACAAGGAUCAGAUGAGUUAUUGUGUAGAUGGGUGUAGUCAUCAAACAGUCUGUGGUGAAAUACAAAUACCAGAUGAACAUCUAGAGGGUUGUUAUUGGUGGAAUGAUAGAGAUGGUAGAUAUAAUAAGGAUGCUGAUGGUAAUAAUGGAGUAGCUAAUACAGAUUUUAUUUUAUAUGUAGCAGCUAUUAAAUCUGAUAGAUGUAAAGAGAGCACUGUAGCCUAUGCUGGUCAUUGUCAACAAGAGAGAGCUUUAGACAGACCAGUAGCUGGAUAUUUUAGUAUAUGUCCACACUCCAUAUCUACACAUCAACAAGAUAGAUUACAACUAUUGUCUACCAUGAAGCAUGAAAUAUUACAUGCUCUGGGAUUUACAGCUAGUCUAUUUGCAUUUUAUCGUGAUGAACAGGGUAACCCUCUAACACCAAGAAAAUCGUUAUCAAACAAACCAGAAUUUGAUCAACAGUUAAAGAUGUAUAAAUGGAGUGAUAAAGUUGUGAAAACUAUUGAGAGAUCUGAUUGGAAGCUUCCUAUGGGUAUUAUUACAAAACGGGUACAUAUGGUGGUUACUCCGAGAGUGAAGGCGGAGGUAAGAAAACAUUUUAAUUGUCCGACUUUAGAAGGAGCCGAGUUAGAAGAUCAAGGAAUUGAUGGGACAGCCAUUACACAUUGGGAAAAGCGAGUUUUUGAGAAUGAAGCUAUGACUGGUACCUAUACACAGAGUUCUGUUAUAUCUAGGAUAACAUUAGCUGUUAUGGAAGAUACUGGUUGGUUUAAAGCUAACUAUUCUCAAGCUGGAAAUUAUGAAUGGGGUAAAGAUCUAGGAUGUGAUUUUGUUGAGAAAAGUUGUUUUCAAUGGAUUGAAGAAAAACAAAAACGGAAAGAAGAUAUUUAUCCAUAUUGUAAAGAAGUUAAAAAGGGUGAAUUAUGGACAGAUUGUACAAAUAAUCGUCAUUCUGUAGCAUUAUGUAAUCUAGUUGAAUAUAAGAAACCAUUACCUCUAAAAUAUCAGUACUUUUAUCAAAUCAAAGAUGUAGCUAAUAGUGAUGUAGGAAGAUAUGGAGGAUCUGUCUCAUUGGCUGAUUAUUGUCCUUACUUACAGGAAUUUUCAUGGACAAAUAAAGAUAAGAUAUUAAGAGGAUCUAGUUGUUUAGUUCCGAGUAAUGGAAUAGAUCCUGAUUCUAAUUAUUUUGGUGAAGAAUAUGGUAAUCAAUCACGAUGUUUUAAUCAUGGUGGCCGAUGGUAUUUACAUCAUUGUGGUGGUGUUAAUAGUCCACAACAUAGUGGUAGUGGUUGUUAUCAGUAUUUUUGUUCUGAAAAAAUAGGAUUAAAUAUAUUAGUAGAUGGUAUAGCAUAUAGAUGUUAUAAAGCUGGACAGAAGAUAACAGCUAGUUUUGUAACUAAAUCCUAUUUACAUCAAGGAACUGUUGUAUGUCCUGCUUGUAGUGAUAUCUGUGAUGAGAGUAAGACGAAAUGUCCCGCCGAAUUUGAUCCACCAUUUGUAGAUCAUGCCAUAUUAACAGUACCAUGUAGUAGUAAUUUGUAUAAUUAUAAUAUAUAUUAUCUCCUUGUGUGUUUAAUUAUUGCCUUAUCUACAUCAUUUUAUAAUAGAUCAUUCCAUUAAUUAAUUUUAUACAUAUUUCACUUAUUAAUUGGCCUGAAACAGGUAGUAGGGUCACAAAAUUUGGGAUGUUUCUUCCAGAUAAGUACUUACGUAAUACAAAUCAUCUGUGUAUGUCUGUAAUGCAUUAAAUUAUUUCUCAGUAUCACAGACAUAAAGUUACAUUAUUAUGCAAUAUAUAAUAUCUUCCAUAUACUCAUAGAUUAGUUUUGAAACAGUAUUUGUUACAGACUUACUGAUCUUAGGAAGAUCUGAAAUUUUGCUGUUAUAAAAACCCAUCUGUUGAAUGUCAAAUACUUAUAAUAUUUAACAUAAGAAUACUGUUUAUUACAAGCGUUGAUGGUACUACGAAUUUUGUUUUUGUGUUCAGGGGAGUUAACACAUGUGAUAAAUAAGAUAAUCAAAUGAAUGUGUUUGGCAUUCUUGUCAGAUAAUUGAAAUAUGGCAGAAGAGUACAGAUUAUAAAUAUCAAAUGUCACUUUAAUGUUUUUGUGUAAUAUGUAGAGGAAAGUGGUCGAUGAUUAUUAGUUGUAAAAUAUCAAAACUUAGCCAAGUUACAGUGGAUUUCAGGCUACAUUGCAUGCACCGAUCAUUACCAGAUUGAGUGUUCCGGAAUUGAAUUUCUCAAUUCCAACAACCUAGUGAAGAGGUCGAUUUCAGGCUACAUUGCAUGCACCGACUGCCUAAAAAAAUGCCUCAACCAACCAUAUUCGUUGUGUUUAACUACGUCAAGAUUUUACUCACACCACUUCCAUUGUCGGGACUGACAAUCACUCGAUUGCAAUUCUGUCAAUUCAUUACAUUUUGGAUUGCCAAUCGGUCACCCCCACCAUUUGUAAACUUGACGCAACCAAAUUGGCAAAAGUAAUCAAAACUUGUUUUAUUGGUUUUAUCCAUUUUAGGAGGCUCUCAUGUGCAGGGCAUUGGGCCUGUAGAAUUAUGUUUUCUCCAGAUUGUUGGCAUAGAAAGGAGUAAGGCAUUGAAAACUUGUGGCUUUGUGGCCCUUAUAAAUAUCCAAUACCUUAUUUAUAAAUUAUUAAAUUUUAAAUUAUAUGUAAAUAGUUUAGAUUUUAAUUUAAAUCAAAGAAAUAUAUAUACAUGUAAAUAUCUAAUUAUAAACAUCAUAGACCUAUUAUCUACAAAUAGUCAUUUUCAGCAAAUAAUGGUUUUGAUAUCUCUCAUGCACACCAUGAGAAAGACUGCAAUUGAUCAUAUGUUUUAGGUAUUGCAGACAGACAGAAGUUUAUGUCUUGGAUUUUGUCAUCGAGCUUAUUCUUCAAGUGUAGUUACAGUUGAGAAAGAGUAGAAAUUAUUACAUUUGAUAUGUAUUAGGAUGUUGUUAGUCUUUAGUUGUUAGUCUUUUUAUACUUGUUAGUUUUAAGUGUUUUGUAGUAUUAUUAACCCAAAGCUACUACUCCCUCUGGCGAGCACCAUAACCCACCCUAGGUCAUGUAAAUAGAUGUGAACUACUUUAAGGAUCCUUUGCUAGUUCUGUGACUAGAGCAGUCUAGGGAGAAGGAGUUUUAGAUGGUUUCAAAAUUGAGCUAUGAAAUGGAAAUGUUGGAUUCAAUUUCCUGAUAUUGCUAUAUAUGUAGUAAUUUCAUUGAUUUACUUUAUCUGUUUUCUGAUUCAGGAUUCAGUAUCCAGAAAAAUUUUCUUUUAACAUUUUCUACAGAAAAUAGCUUUGAAGUAAAGUAAGUUGUAAUAACACAUAUUGUAGCUGUGAUAGUAGCCAUGAAGAUUAUAUGGCCAGUAGAUCUGUCUGUAACUAUUGUGAAUAAAAUUACAUUUAUUAAUGAUUGUUUUAUUAUGAGUCAUUUUGAUGUUGUUUUUUGUGUUUUUGGAUACUUCCAUAGUCCAACUUUAGUUGAAUGACAAAUAGAUUCUACUAAUUAUAAUGGUGUACAUCAUUUUAAGAUAUUAUAUUAUUCAACUUUUAAAUCAAAAUGGGCACCAUAUGUUCAAAUGAACAGUUAUUUAUGUACAGUGGAGUCAGACUACGAUUUUUUCUCUAAUAAAAAGAAAAAAAUAUUUCUUUUAGUGUGCUUAAAAUAUUAAAGUAUUCGUUUGGUGAUGUUUAUUGAGGAGGAAUUUCUAGCUGUAUUUUAUAUUUUUCUAGAUUCAGUCAAUGUUAAGUUGAGAUAUUUAACAGCAGAUUUCUCAACUACAGAUUGUAAAAAGAACAACUUAUUUUGUACAUUUUGAUUUUAAAUUAAAAAAUUUGUAUGGUGCCUUGGAUUAUUGAGACAUCCUAUUCAUUAAGUGGUAGCUGUUAUUUGAUAGGACACUCAGUCCCCUCACACUCAUAUCAAAUGUAAUUAAUGAUAAAGUUUAAAAUCUGUUUCGCAAUGCUGAUAUGAAUGUUUGCAUUUAGUAUUAAAGGGCUACAACCUGUUUGACUUAGGUAAAAAAAAAAUUAUUGAUUUAAUUAAACUUGAUGUUCUCAUUAGUUUUGCCAAAUGGAUACUGUGUAUAUUAAACAUUUUAGGACUACACAUAAAUCCACUAUUAGUUUGUUCUACAGUUCAAGCCAAAAGGGAAACAGAAAUUAGUAAACAAAUGUCUUGUCCCAUUACUAAUCAAAAUAACACAUCAAACUGACCUAAAGUGAAGAGGUUUAGCUACUUUAAUGUAAUAGGGUAUCACAUUUUAGAUAAUCAAAUAUUGUCUUCAUGUAUCUGUGUUUUAUUUUAUAUAGAUAUAUUGUAUUAUCUACAUGUACUUGAUAUAUAAAAUGACAGUAUUUAGUAAUCAUGCCAAGAUCUACAAAGUACACAUGAGGCUCCUCUCAAAACGAACCUUGUGGGGAGGGUACUCUGUUGAGUAUAUACAUGUAUAUAUUUAAAUGACAAAAGAAUCUAACAUAUUAAAUGUAGUAUUAUUUGUUUUAUAAGUUACGAAAUACCAACCAUUUUUUUUUUAUUAACUUCUAAGUGGAUGUUGCAAAUUGCAGUGUUGUCUGUCAUUACUUAUUGACUUUCUCAAGUUGAUCACGGGGUAAAUAUAGUAAUUGGGGCAUUAUGAGUUAGAGCUGUUCCACUAAUUUUCUUACAUGUACAUUGAGAGGAAUAAUAAGCAAGCCCACAGAACCUGUCAUAGACAAUUAUAAAUUAUCACACUGUGUGAAUGUAUAUUUCGUUGCCUGGCAACCUGAGCCAGAGUCGGUCACAUAUUUUAAGCUGUUACUUGUUUUUGACAUUUAAUCCUUUUAGUAAACAGUACCUUUUUUUUAAACAAAAAGCUCAGCGUGUAAGUUUAUAUGUCGUGAUACAUGUUUGUCUGUUAAUUAUUUAUAAAGUUGUCGUUAUCAAAGUUGGUAUCGAGUUUUUUUGAAGACAGGUUUUUGAUUCAUUUUGUGCUUUAUAUAUUGCUUUGCCGUUAAGGCAUUUAUUUAUAAAUUAAAACCAAUGAGUCUAAUUUUAAUGUUACAAAAUAUUUUAGGCGCUGGCUAUUGGAAAGAGAGGUGAAAUAACAAAAAUAAUGACUUUGGGUUUGUUGUGUAUAACUGUAGGUAUUUUGUAAAAUGGUAAUUUCUCAAAUAAAAAUUACUCAAGUUU